CAAACUGAACCAAUUACAUUCAUUUGGGGACAGGUCGAAAAGCAUGACACAUUUAUGGCAAUUUUAGCUAGUUAGCUUGCACUUCCUAGCUAAUUUGUCCUAUUUAGCUAGCUUGCUGUUCCAAAUGUCAUGGUAUUGUGAGCUUCCAUUGUUUCCUGGUCAAUGUAGAGCUCAGAAAAAGGUGGUUGGUGGCAGUACGUUUUGACAACUUUACGGUCACCAAACACACAAAGGUGACAUUUUGUCGAAAGUGACUUAGUUGAGGGAAAAAUGGGGGGGGGACAAUACCUAAAAAGUGUGUUGUUCCUACUGUCUUUUCGUGGAACAGGCACAUUAAAAAGAGACCUGGUGUUUGGGAAAGAAGACAGAAACCUCCUGCUCCGACUGAGGGGGAUGAAGAACAAGGUGCGCUGCCUAUGGACUGUGCCGUCUCUGAUGGGGUCCAGACCCAUGAUUACUGUGCAGUCCCUGAACCCGCAGCCCUGGACAAGAGAAAUUGAGGAGCUUCGAGCCAAGCUGGAGAAACUGACCACCCAACGCGGCUUUAGUCUACAGCGAUUUGCUGGUUCUGACGAGGAUAUACGUUUUUACACGAUUUGCAAGCUACACCCACCUGAUGGCCUUCUGGCACUUGGUUGAGCGGGCAGCAGAGACCAAGUUUAUAAGAGUCACAAGCACCAAUCCAUCUGAAACAAGUGUUACUCGAAGAAAACCGCAGAAGGACUUAGCCCAUCGGUUCAGCAUCCACCAAUUGACAGUGAGCCGGAUUAUCAUCUCUUGGUCCAACUUCCUCUACUGUCUGCUUGGAUCAGCACGGAUAUGGAUCCCCAAGAAAACCGUAAAAGCCCACCUGCCACCUGAGUUCAAGGACUAUCCAGACACCCAGAUAGUGAUCGACUGCACUGAACUCCGCUGCCAGACACCAUCUUCACUACUACUGCAGAGUGAGGUGUUUUCUUCCUACAAGUCACACUGUACCUUUAAGGGCAUGUUGGGAAUGUCACCACAUGGAGCUGUCACUUUUGAGUCAUCGUUGUAUGCUGAAUCUGUGAGUGACGAGGAGAUCUUCAAGCAGUCUGGAAUGAUUUCCUUACUCACCCCUGACAUGGCCAUUAUGGUGAAUAAGGGAUUUCUCGUAGAUUACAUUGUUCCGUGCAAGGUCUACCGGCCAGCCUUUCUGUCAAGACGCACACAGAUGCCAGCGCAUGAGGUUAGGGAGACCCAAUCCAUUGCCAGGCUGAGAGUGCAUGUUGAAAGAAUGAUCUGCAGAGUAAAGGAGCACAAGCUGUUUGACACAGUCAUCCCCCUGACCAUCUCAGGCAGCAUCAACCAAUUAUUUGCAGUGGCGUGCCUGUUGGUCAACUAUCAAAAUGGACCUUUGGUCAGAGCAUGGGCCAAGCCAGUGUAAAUGAUGUCCUCCUGUGCACAGCUGACAAAGUCACACCAGCUACAACCUGUGAAAAGGAUUUGACCUUGCACCUGCCAGUAGUAAGCCUGAGAUCUCAACUUCAGCUCUCCAUUCUGUAUCUUCAGGUAAGGGCAGUCAACAUAACUUGGUACAUUUGGGCACUUGACCUCUAAGAGUCCAAAGUGUGGUCUUACACUGGGAUCAAAUAUGAUUCCAUCUGGAGAGGAUCCUAACCACGGAGCAUUUGGGUGCACUAUGAAGCCACACGGAAAGAAAUUAACAUUCUUCAGUGUGCAGUACUCCUGUACAGCCACUGGCUUCAUGGCUAGCCCCCUCUUCAUCUCCAUGGUCUGCAUACACAUAACACUUCCUGCAACACAGGAGCAGUGGCUUUGAACCACUAUCACUGGUACGGAGUGCUUUAACACCAUCUCUGAAGAUAAGUGUGAUGAAAGACUGAAGUGAGAAUGAAUAACAAUAAAUAUAGAAGUGUCUAGUCUUCUUAACUAGGGGCUCAUUUAACUAUACAGGAAUACUUUGUGUUUCAGUAACAAAACUACCAAACACUGCAUCAACAGAUCUUUAGUGCUGCUUUUGAUACCAUCGAUCACCACAUUCUUUUGGAGAGAUUGGAAACCCAAAUUGGUCUACAUGGACAUGUUCUGGCCUGGUUUAGAUCUUAUCUGUCGGAAAG